GGCUUCCGUUCACGCGCCCGAAAGGGAGCUCUCAAAAAGAAAAAUGUCUUCGUCGUCAAAGACCACAAGUUCCUGCCGCGCUUUUUCAAACAGCCAACGUUCUGCUCUCAUUGCAAGGAUUUCAUUUGGGGCUUCGGAAAACAGGGAUACCAGUGCCAAGUUUGCAGCUUCGUAGUACAUAAACGAUGCCACGAAUUCGUAACCUUCAAAUGUCCGGGAGCCGACAAGGGCGUCGACUCAGACGACCAGAGGACAAAACACCAGUUUGUGGUAACCACCUACACAAGUCCGACUUUCUGCGAUCAUUGCGGCUCAUUACUCUAUGGGCUCAUCCAUCAGGGCUUGAAAUGCAAAGCUUGCGACAUGAACGUCCACAAAAGGUGUCAGGAAAGUGUUCCGAACCUCUGCGGAUGCGAUCACACCGAGCGCAGAGGCCGGAUUGAUCUCAAGGUGUCUGCCCAGAACAACAAAUUGCAAAUAGAAGUUAAACGAGCCAGAAACCUGAUUCCGAUGGAUCCGAAUGGGCUAUCGGAUCCCUACGUCAAACUGAAGUUGAUUCCUGAAAGUGGAGACUCAGUCAAACGGAAGACCAAGACCAUCAAAGCCAACCUCAACCCAGAGUGGAAUGAAAUCAUCAACUUAGACCUGAAAGCGGAAGACAAAGACCGACGAUUGUUGGUUGAAGUUUGGGACUGGGACCGAACCUCGAGAAAUGACUUCAUGGGAUCGCUAUCCUUUGGCAUCUCCGAGAUUCUCAAGUCCCCCGCCGAGGGAUGGUUCAAACUGCUUACACAAGAGGAAGGCGAAUACUACAAUGUGCCCGUGCCUCCGGACGACGACGUGGCGGGACAGCUCAAGACUCGUCUGACAACAACCUCGAAAGACAAGACGUCCACCGGCAUCCGUCAGACCGACAGGGAUCGGUCGGCAGGAGACAAAGACGGCAAAGACAGUGCUGUGAGUGGGGAGGGCGGCAAGGGAGGCGAUGUCAUUCGCGCCUCCGACUUCAAUUUUCUCAUGGUGCUUGGGAAAGGCUCGUUCGGGAAAGUCAUGCUCGCCGAACGGAAAGGCACCGACGAACUCUACGCCAUAAAGAUUCUCAAAAAGGAUAUCAUCAUUCAGGAUGAUGACGUCGAGUGUGCAAUGGUUGAGAAGCGUGUCUUGGCGCUCUCCCGUAAGCCGCCCUUCCUGGUACAGCUCCACUCGUGUUUCCAAACCAUGGAGAGAUUGUACUUCGUCAUGGAAUACAUCAACGGCGGUGACCUAAUGUUCCAGAUUCAACAGUGCGGAAAAUUCAAGGAACCUGUCGCCGUCUUCUAUGCAGCGGAAAUCGCCAUCGGGCUGUUCUUCCUACAUGCGCGAGGGAUAAUCUACCGAGAUCUCAAACUCGACAACGUCCUACUCGAUCAGGACGGUCACAUAAAAAUCGCUGAUUUCGGCAUGUGCAAAGAAGGUAUUCUCGGAGAUACGACCACCAAAACGUUCUGUGGAACUCCAGACUACAUCGCACCUGAAAUCAUCCUUUAUCAGCCUUAUGGGAAAUCGGUGGAUUGGUGGGCCUACGGUGUUCUUUUGUACGAAAUGUUGGUUGGCCAGCCGCCGUUUGAUGGCGAAGACGAAGAAGAACUUUUCGCCUCCAUCACAGACCACAACGUUUCCUAUCCCAAGGCGCUAUCGAAGGAAGCGAAGGAGAUUUGUAAGGGUUUCCUGCAGAAGAACCCACAGAAACGGCUGGGCUGCGGGGCGCAUUCGGGGGAAGAGGAUGUCCGAAACCACCCGUUCUUCCGAAGAAUCGACUGGCACAAAAUUGAAAACCGUGAAGUACAGCCGCCCUUCAAGCCCAGAAUCAAACAUCGUAAGGAUGUCUCGAAUUUCGACAAACAGUUCACAAGUGAGAAGGUUGACCUAACGCCGACGGAUAAGCUAUUCAUGAUGAACCUCGAUCAAACCGAAUUCCAAGGAUUCUCGUUUCUCAAUCCGGAAUACAUCCAGCACAUCUAA